AUGGUUGGAGGAGUUGUUAUUUUGGGAGGUGUGAUCCGAUCUUUGACGGCUCGAAUCAAUAAGGCCAACGACCACAGCGCUUUCAUUGCCACUGAAGUUAUGAGCUCCAUGAGAACAGUGAGAAGUAUGGCUGGUGAAGAGAAGGAACGUGCCAGAUAUGGCAAAGAUUUGAGAAAAAUGUAUUUGGCUGGUAUUGGAAAAUCCGUUGCUCAGGGUAUUACUUUUGGUGCUUUAAUUGGUAUUUUGUGGGGAACUACUGCUUUGGCAUUUUGGUAUGGAGGUGGUUUGGUCGUUGACAAGACUAUGGACGUGGGUGCCAUGUUGAAGGUCUUUGGAUUGUCUUUGUUUGCCAUUAUUGGUAUCAGCCAAGCUGGUUCCUUCUUCCCUGAUUUUGUCUUAAAAGAUUUUAGUUUGGAAAUUACACCAGGUCAAGCGGUCGCUUUGGUUGGCCCAUCAGGUUCAGGAAAGUCAACCAUUGUCGGAUUAGUGGAAAAAUUCUACGAACCAGCGAAAGGAAAAGUUUACAUUGAUGGAGUGGACAUUUCUGAAAUUGAUCCAAUGUGGUUGCACAGAAAUGUUGGAAUUGUCACUCAGGAACCAGUCUUGUUUGCUACCUCCAUUUAUAACAACAUUGCUUAUGCAGUGGGAGAACAGAAUGUCACUCCUCAACAAGUGGAGGAAGCUGCUCGAGCUGCCAAUUGUGGUCAAAAACAAAGAAUCGCCAUCGCCAGAGCCCUCGUUCAAAAUCCUCAAAUUUUACUCCUUGACGAAGCUACCUCUGCCUUGGAUACUGAAUCUGAAGCUUUGGUCCAAGCUGCUUUGGAUCACUUGAUGAAAGGUCGUACCACCAUUUGUAUUGCUCACAGAUUGUCCACAGUUAAGAACGCAGACAAGAUUUGUGUAUUGGCUAAGGGUGUUCUCAAGGAAACUGGUACUCACGACGAGUUGAUGAAAAUUGAGAAUGGUAUUUACAAGGGUUUGGCUGAGAAACAAAUGUUAUUCAGUCAUAAUGAGGAUUUGGAAGAUGUUAUGGACAUUUAA